AUCAUGCAAAACCAGAGCUUUGUCAAUGAGUUCAUACUCCUCAGUCUUUCUCAGAAUACAAAAGUUGAGAAAAUAUUGUUUGUUGUAUUUUUGCUGAUCUACCUUGCAACUAUUGGUGGUAAUAUGAUAAUUGUGGCCACUAUCAUCUACAGCCCUGCACUCCUGGGAUCCCCCAUGUAUUUUUUCUUGAUAUUCCUGUCCUUUCUGGAUGCAUGCACCUCUACUGUUGUAACACCCAAGAUGAUCUUAGGCUUUUUCUCUGAGAGGAAGACCAUCUCCUUUGAAGACUGCAUGAUACAACUGUUUGCCAUACACUUCUUUACUGCUGUAGAGGUGAUUGUCCUGUCAGCUAUGGCUUAUGACCGUUAUGUGGCCAUUUGCAAGCCCUUGCACUACUCUUCCAUUAUGAGCAGGAGGCUAUGUGGUGUUUUAAUAGGUGUAGCAUGGGCUGGGGGAUUCUUGCAUUCUAUCAUACAAAUUGUUUUUACCUUGCAGUUACCGUUUUGUGGACCCAAUGUUAUUGAUCAUUAUAUGUGUGACUUGUUCCCAUUACUGAAGCUUGCCUGCACUGACACACACAUUUUUGUUAUCUUGGUGUUUGCAAAUAGUGGUUCUAUCUGCAUCAUCAUCUUCUCCUUGUUGCUUGUCUCCUAUGGUGUCAUCUUGUUCUCUCUGAGAGCCCACAGUUCUGAAGGUCGUCGUAAAGCCCUCUCCACCUGUGGAUCCCAUAUUACAGUUGUCGUUUUGUUCUUUGUCCCAUGCAUAUUGAUAUAUGCACGACCUUCAUCCCCAUUCUCCUUUGAGAAAAACACCCUUAUAUUUGCCAAUGUUCUGACACCAUUGCUCAAUCCUAUGGUUUACACGUUUAGGAAUAAGGAAAUGAAGAAUGCCAUCAGCAAAAUGUGGAAGAGAUUGAUGGCAGUUUCUGAUAAAUAUUAA